AGUGGGGACCCCACGAGGCCGAAGGAAUCCUCCCGAGGAGAUAAGCUUGGCCUCGGACCCUCCCUGGGACCCGGUGGGCCAGAUGCCGGGAGGAGGGAAGGAGGCGGGCGCCAAGCGCUCCUCACAGACCCUGCGGGUCCGCGGCUCAAGAUGGGGUUGACGGUGGCGGACCGGCUUCGCAAAGCGAAAUAGAGGAGCUGCGUGAGUGGUGGUUACUGGCUGCAGCCUCUAACGCGGCUGGAGCACGGUCCCCUUGGCUGCCCGUCCCCUCGGGCCCCGACCCGAGGUGCACGCCGGGAAAUGUAGUCCGUUCCGGGACAAGCGCCGCGGGAGGCGGCCUCAAACGUUGGAGAAGGGUUGGUGGCUCCUGCCACCUAGGGGAUUCGGCUGAUGGCGAGGCCUCAGCAGGGAAGAUGGGGCUGGCAGGACGUGUUCACUGUCCGUUGGGAAAUCACAGCCAUGUCUUUCCCCACCAGCUCUGGUUUCUUCCACCUCAGCAGUCAGAACUCCCCGCCUCUCGUAAUAGGAACUUCAAUCUAUUGGGGCUUAAUGCGCAUCUUGUGCUAAGCGCUUUGCAUGGUAUCAUCAAAUUCUCGCAAAGCCCCCAUUUUACAGAUGAUGCAUUGAAAAGCAAAGUCACUUGUCCAAGGUCACAGAACUGUAAAUGGCAAAAGCAAGACUCAAAGCAGAUCGGAGAUGUUUCAGAGGCUGCCCAUGAAUGAAGAGCCUGGGUGUGUGAACAAAGACGUGGAGCAGAGCCCAGCCAACCCGUGUCGGACAAGGAGACACCGAGUCAUUACCAUUGUCCCAAAGAAGGACCCCCAGGAGGAUGAGAGUAUUAUUGCUGUACAUCUAAAGUCAAGGUUUCAGGGCUCUGUGUCAUUCAGGGACGUGGCCAUCAGCUUCUCCCAGGAAGAGUGGGCGUAUCUGGACCCUGCUCAGAGGGCUUUGUACAGGGACGUGAUGUUGGAGAACUAUAGCCACCUGUUCUCACUGGCAGGAAGGUCCAUUUCUAAGCCAGAUGUGAUUACCUUACUGGAGCAAGAGAAAGAGCCUUGGGUGGUUGUGAGGAAAGAAACAAGUGGAUGGUACCCAGAUUUGGAGUCAAAUUAUGGAGCUAAGAAGUUAUCUCCAGAAAAUGAUAUUUACGAAAUAAAUUUGCCCAAACAGAGUAUAACGCAAAUAAGUAAAACUCCUGGCCUCAAGGCCUCCAAUUGUAGAAAUGACUCAAAAUGCAGAAAGAGAUUUAGGGGACGACAGAGACAUCAAGAGGGGUAUAUCAGUCAAAAGAUAAUAAGCUAUGAAAAAAUGCAUACUUAUACUCAUCAUAUUUCUCUUAUUCACAAUACAGAUAAGCCAUAUGAAUGUAAGGAGUGUGGGAAGUACUUUAGUCGUGGUUCAAAUCUUAUUCAGCAUCAGAGUAUUCAUACGGGAGAGAAACCCUACAAAUGUAAGGAAUGUGGGAAGGCCUUUAGACUUCUUAUCCAGCUUACUCGCCAUCAGAAAUUUCAUAGUGGUGAAAAACCCUUUAAAUGUAAGGAAUGUGGGAAAGCUUUUAGUCUUCCCACCCAGCUCAAUCGCCAUGAGAACAUUCAUACAGGUGAGAAACCAUUUGAGUGUAAGGAAUGCGGUAAGUCCUUUAAUCGUAGCUCAAACCUUGUUCAACAUCAGAGUAUUCAUACGGGUGCAAAACCCUAUGAAUGUAAAGAGUGUGGGAAAGGCUUUAAUCGUGGUUCAAACCUUAUUCAGCACCAGAAAAUUCAUUCUAGUGAGAAACCCUUUGAGUGUAAGGAGUGUGGGAAGGCCUUUAAAUAUCAUUACCAACUUACUGAACAUUGUCGAAUUCAUACUGGUGAGAAACCCUUUGAAUGUAAAGAAUGUGGGAAGGCCUUUUGUCUUCCAGUAGAGCUUGCUAGACAUCAGAACAUUCAUACUGGUGAGAAACCAUUUACAUGUAAGGAAUGUGGCAAGGCCUUCAGUCGUGGCUCGAAUCUUGUCCAACAUCAGAGUAUUCAUACUGGUGAGAAACCCUACGGAUGCAAGGAGUGUGGAAAGGCUUUUAGACUUCACCUACAACUUUCUCGACAUCAGAAAACGCAUACUGGUGAAAAAGCAUUUGAAUGUAAAGAAUGCGGGACAGCCUUCCAAUAUCAGUACCAACUUAUUGAGCAUCAGCGAAUUCACACAGGUGUGAAACCUUAUGAAUGUAAGGAAUGUGGGAAAUUGUUUCGUCGUGGUUCAAACCUCAUUCAACAUCGGAGUGUUCAUACUGGAAAGAAACCUUUUGAAUGUAAGGAAUGUGGGAAGGCCUUUAGACUCCAUAUACAACUUACUCGACAUGAGAAAUUUCAUACCGGUGAGAAGCCCUUUGAAUGUGGAAAAUGUGGAAAAGCCUUUAGUCUUCUCACCCAGCUUCAUCGCCAUGAGAACAUUCAUACAGGUGAGAAACCAUUUGAAUGUAAAGAAUGUGGGAAGUCCUUUAAUCGUGUCUCAAACCUUGUUCAACAUCAGAGUAUUCAUGCUGGUGUGAAACCCUAUGAAUGUAAAGAGUGUGGGAAGGGCUUUAAUCGUGGUUCAAACCUUAUUCAGCAUCAGAAAAUUCAUUCUAGUGAGAAACCCUUUGAGUGUAAGGAGUGCGGGAAGGCCUUUAGGUAUCAUUACCGACUUAUUGAACAUCAUAGAAUGCAUACUGGGGAGAAACCCUUUGAAUGUAAAGAAUGUGGUAAGGCCUUUACUCUUCUGACACAGCUUACUCGACAUCGGAACAUUCAUACUGGUGAGAAACCAUUUAAAUGUAAGGAAUGUGGCAAGGCCUUCAAUCGUGGUUCAAAUCUUGUUCAACAUCAGAGUAUUCAUACUGGUGAGAAACCCUACGGAUGCAAGGAGUGUGGAAAGGCUUUUAGACUUCACCUACAACUUUCUCGACAUCAGAAAACGCACCCUGGUGAGAAACCGUUUGAAUGUAAGGAAUGUGAGGCAGCCUUUAGACAUCAGUACCAAGUUAUUGAACAUCAGCGAAUUCAUACAGGUGUGAAACCCUAUGAAUGUAAGGAAUGUGCAAAGAGCUUUAGUCGUGGUACAGACCUUAGAGUACAUCAGAGAAUUCACACUGGUGAGAAACCCUUUGAAUGUAAGGAAUGUGGGAAAGCCUUUCGACAUCAUUAUCAGUUUCUUGGACAUUCCAGAAUUCAUACUGGUGAGAACCCCUAUGAAUGUAAGGAAUGUGGGAAAUGCUUUAUUUGCAGUAGUGAACUUAGAGUACAUCAGAGAAUUCAUACUGGUGAGAAACCAUAUCAGUGUAAGGAAUGUGGGAAGGCCUUCAGUCGUAGCUCAAACCUUAUUCAACAUGUUAAAAUUCAUACUGGUGAGAAGCCCUAUGAAUGUAAGGAAUGUGAAAAGGCCUUUAGCAAUAAUUAUGAACUUACUGUACAUCAGAGAAUUCAUACUGGUGAGAAACCUUAUGAAUGUACGGAAUGUGGGAAAACUUUUAGACUUAGUUCAGUCUUUACUGCCCAUCAGAGAAUUCAUACAGGUAUGAAACCCUAUGAAUGUAAAGAAUGUGGAAAGAGCUUUAGUUGUAGCUCAAACCUUAUUCAACAUGAGAGGAUUCAUACUGGUGAAAAACCUUAUGAAUGUAAGGAAUGUGGGAAGGCCUUUAGACUUAGGUCAGUGUUUAUUGCCCAUCAGAGAAUUCAUACAGGUCUGAAACCCUAUGAGUGUAAAGAAUGUGGGAAAGCCUUUACUGUGACUGGUCAGCUGACCCGACAUCGGAAAAUUCAUAAUCGUCAGAAGUCCUAUGAAUAUAAGGAAUGCGGGAAAAAAACCUUCCCUGGUUAUGAACAGCUUACUCAUCAUCAGAGAGUUCACAGUGGCAAGAAACCCUAUGGAUAUAAAAGAAUGUGGGAAGACCUUCCAUCAUGGACUGAGAUUUGCUCAACAGCACAGUAUUCCUACUGGUGAGGAACUCCUUGAGUAUAAGUAAUGUGGAAGGAUUGACAGUCACAGCAAACACUUUAGAGUAGAGAAGACAUUCUGAUGAGGGAGUCUUUAAAUAUAAGAAAUACAGGGUGGCCGUCGUGUUCAUUGUUUACUAAUCAUGAAAGAUAUUUUACUACGUAUGUUAAUUUCAUGCAUUUAGAAAAGCCUUCAAACUCCAACUGGAGAAAAACUAUCCUUGAAACAAAUAUAAGCUACAUCUACCUGAGGCAUGUGCUUUAUUUCCAUUUCACUACCUAUGUGACAUUAGACUAGGUGUCUAGCCUCUUUUUGCAUCAUUUAUAAUGGCAAUGGUAGUGAGUACUAGUGCAAUUAGAGGAAUAAAUGUGUUACAGUAGACAGAAAAUCCUUGAAAAAGUAUUUGGCACAUGCUUGUGCUCAUAAAGGAUAGCUUUUACAUUGUUCCAUUAGCAUUACUGUUACUGAGGACAGGAAAAGUGUAUUGUGAAUCAUUUAGAAAAACCUCAUCCAUUCACUAUUAAGUUUUAAAUAACUUCCGUAUAAAAUUUCAUGGGAGGUAAAGAACACGUGAGGAUUUUCAUUAAGAGCUCAUCCCUUAAGUUACAUCAGAAAGUUAAUUUUGGAAAGAAACCCUAUGGAUUUCGUGCGUGAGGAGAUAUUGAGAAAACAGCUGUUGAAGAAUCAGGGAGAGUUUUUGAAGUGAUUUGUCUAUAAAAGGCAACAGGCAGAAAAUGUAUAAUUUAUAUUCUCUGUCCAGAAGUUAAGAUAAAUAUUAGUGAAAGAAUAGCAAAAUAAAAGCUAUCCAUUUAUGUUAUCCAACUCUUUAUCAUGAAAAUUGCUACACAUAUGAAAAAGAUGAAAGAAUAAACACCUAUAUACCCCUUCUAGAUUCAGAGUUGUUAACAAUUUGACAUUUAUUUUUCUGUAUAUUUUAUGUUGUGCCAUUGAGAAUAUGUUUUAGACAUCAUGUACUUUACCCCUUAUUACAUCACUAUGUAUCUCCCAAACAUAAAGACAACCUCAUAUAUAGCCAUAGUACCAUAAUUACCCUUAAGGAAAUUAUCCAUAAUUCCAUAUUACCUAUCUUCAUUGGCCUCUAAAAUGCCUUUUUUAGGAGUUCAUCUUCUGAAUAGCAUGCAUUCCAGAUUAUGUAUUAUAUUUGGUUUUAAGCUCUCUUUAGUCUUUUUUAGUCUAGGAUAGUAACUCAAAUUUUCUGGAGUACCAGAAUCAUCUGUGACUCCUAGUAAAAAUACAGAGGUCCAGGCCCACUGAGCCUCUGUAUCUUUACUAGUUCUGCAGGGGAUUUUGGUAUGUGCUACAGAGAGUCACUGGUCUAGAAACUUUCUCCUUAAUUUUUUAAAAAAAAUUUUAGAAUGUUGACUUCAUGAGAAGUCCAGGAAAAUUGCCAUGUGUUUAGAUUUUCUGUUUCUAUAUGUCAUUUAGCUUUGUUCUGUCUUUUGUAUUUUCUGUACAAAGGAAAUUUGGUCUAGAGGCUGCAUUAGGUUCAGAUUAAAUGUUUUGAGGGGAGAAUACUUGGUAGGUUAUGUCUGUAUGUCGUAUUGCAACAUGUCAGAAAACAUGUAAGGACAGGUCAUUACUUUGUUAGUAAAACUAAAUUUGAUCAUUUGGGUAAGAUGGUACCAGAUCUCCAUUGUAAAGAUCUUUGGAGAGACUGUCACCUCUUUGGAAAUUUAUACUCAUGUAUUUAAAUCCUUAAUCAAAUAGAAAAUAAAAAAUGAAAAUAGACUGUUCAGGAAUGAAUUGCAUUAAAAUGCAAACAUGAUUGAACUUGUA